UGUCAGCUGUCAAUCAUUGUUGCUGUCAAAUAGUAGGCUUCGGUUGUUUGCUUCAUAGAUUUUUUACUUUUGUUUUAGACAUUUGAAGUCGUUUUAUUGAAAUAUAUUUAUGCGUAUUUCAGUGUUCUACGAACAAAUGCUUGGUUUAUCGUUUUACUUCUAACCGCCGUUAAUUUUGUCAGCCAUACCUGUGUUUUUUUUUCUUCUCAAAUUAUCGAGAACAGAAUAAACCUCGCAAACCGUGUAAAUCCCUUCAUUUUAGAUAGAAAUAUUUUUGGAACAAGUGUUUAAGUGUUAAAAAAUUACGCGCAAAUGCCAAGCGUCAUCAGGGUCACACCGAUGCGAGAACUCGAUCGGUAUAGUGUUACUCGGGGGUACUAUGCUGUUUAUCAGUGCCUUGGCGAUCGGCAUGAUCACCGGCCUGCAGAAUGUCACGACGGAGGUGUCAACGACGGACAGUGACGUUGCCAUCACAACAGAGGACAUGGGCCUCCUGGAGCCGACGAGGCUCGCGCCGCCCGCCGGCGACUCGGUCAACGUGACGUUACAGGAUCGGCCGUCUAUGUGGGACGUGUACUUGCAUCACUGUCCCAAGUGGCGGCCGGUCAACCACAUCUUCUUCCAAGUGGCGAAUGCAUGUUUCCUAGCGUCAUUCCUGGCGCCGCACACCCCGGCGGGGCUAGUGUGGCUGCGCGUGGCGCUCGUGCUCGGCUGCACCUUCUCCGGAUUGUGGGCGUGGAGUGUGCAGUGCUACCUGGAUGCUGUGUUGUGGAACAGUGCAUUUAUAGUGAUAAACUUUGUGUAUUUUGCAGUACAGUUCUAUUUAAUGCGACCUAUCAAGUUCCACAAGGAUAUUGAAGAGGUGUAUGUGGCACUGUUCGCGCCGCUGCGCGUCUCGCGGCGGCAGUUCCGGCGCGUGCUGCAGUGCAUGCGCAGCGUGCGCCACCUCAAAUGCCACGAGCUGUACGCGCACGAGAAGGUCACCAAGGUGGACAGCCUAUCGCUCGUGCUAUCCGGCAAGCUGGUGGUGUCGCAGAGUCAGCGCGCGCUCCACAUCGUCUUCCCGCACCACUUCCUCGACUCGCCAGAGUGGUUUGGCGUCUCCACUGAUGAAUAUUUUCAGGUGUCGAUAAUGGCGAUGGAGGAGUCGCGCGUGCUGGUGUGGCACCGCGACAAGCUGAAGCUCUCCAUCAUGUCGGACGGCUUCCUGCCCUCUCCUCCCGCACCCCCCGCAUACGCCACGCACCUCCAUAUGCUCCCACACCUCCCCUCUCAGGCAUGCUUGGAGAAACUACAAUUCUCAGCGACGGACCCCAACGCCUGGCGUCUCGGCCGCAUCGAGGAGAACGACCACGAGACGCCCGUGUGAGGGCGCGCCGCCCCCGCCCCCGCCCCAGCGCGGGGCCGCGCGCCACGCCCCCGCCCCCGGCCCCGCCUCGCGCCCCACUCCGCGGACAACACUCGCGCGGAACAUUGAAGUGAAUCGAUUGUUUUUCGACUUUUGUUAGAUAUCUUUCACAUUGUAUUGACAGUGUAAAGGAACUGUUGACGUUACCGCGAACUAUUUGUGUAUUCAAAUUCUACUGACUUGAUUUUAUGACUAUCGGUGAAUACGAGAGAACUAAUUUAUGUAUGUAUAUGUACAAAAUAACUAAAGUAUGCGCCGUCGGGGAAGUUUUAUAUGAUUGGGACAAAAUGACAUCGCGAUAUCGGCGCGAUCCGACCGCGUAAAUACUUUUUUGAUCCAUAGUAAUAAUCACUACUCCCGUAUUUACAUUCAUGACGUAAAAAAAUUAAAAUAAGUCAACAAAAGUAAACAAUAUUCUUAUAAUGUCAAACAAAAUUGAGUUGCGAGGCCUUGCAGUGUCGCUCAAUGUCGCGUUAUCUAUCGUUACCACGUAGUCCGCUUUGGAUGCGAAAUUGUUACAUGUUAAAACUUCUCUAGAUGGCGGCAGACUAACUUCAACCCCUACAAAUAAUUAAAACGUUGGCUGAUGUUUAUAAGUGCACAAAUACGAUAGCGAUUGGUUCACAAAACUUGCGUUGCAACCCCACAUGGAUAGCUCGAGUGAUUCGACGCUGCGCAUCGCAAUCGUCUGUUGCAGCGCGAGCUUGGACUCGACAAUUUUAAGUCUUGCUCAAUGUAUGUCUACUGAACUGCCUCAUUGAAAAUGUUCGUACAAUUUAACAGAGAAAGGGAAAGCGAUAAGAUCCAAUUUCACGCCUCCAUGAACAGAUGUUUUGUAAAGUACAUUGUUGACAAAUGUUGAUUUCUUAAACAAAAUUGUCAGCCGCCGUUGGCCGCCACCACGCUGCGGUGCCUGCGACACCAGAUGUUAGGAAACUCGAGACAAAAGUUGCGUAAAGCCAUUAUUUUUUUCAACCUGACAGUGUUACUGUAUUGUAUUGUGAAAAAGUGAAGGUGAUAUUAACAAUCUCUUCUUUGCUGUAAUCAAAAUGUCUGAAAUGCUUAAUUUAUGCGGAGAAUUUCGAUCGUGCCACGACAAAGCAUUACCAAUAGGGUUUCUUGUAUACUAUACAUACAUUUGCGUUUCUGCCAUCCCAAAGUUUACUUAGCUUUGAUGCACUGCCAUUACACGUGAUAUAUGACGUUUGUACAAUUGUGAGGACAUUGUAUUGUUGGUGAUAUAUUUGAAUAGCUGCUAGCGGCUAGCGGCUAGCGGCUAGCGGCAGGAGCACAUCAUUCUAUGUCUCGGUGAUCUCAAAUUAUUUAACUGUAAUAGAAUAGAGUACAAGUAAAAUGGCUGUCAUUUAAAUUUGUGGAUUUCUCUAAUAUAAUAAUUAUAAAAAAAAACUAUAAUCUAAGGUGCUACUUUUUAAAUGAAUGAAGUUCAAUGAUGGUUACCGUGUCCCACCAAACAUCCUAAAGAGAGAAUGACACAAAUUUAAGUGUGCAGAGGAUGAGUGGGGGCCAGUGCUCGCUCCACUGAUUGCUGUUUGUGAUGAUUGUUGUAACAGAGUCAUUGUAGUACAUGUUGAGGUAAAUAGAAAUUAUUAAUGAAAUAAAAGUAAUAAUUUGUGUA